CUCGUCACAUAAACUUGCAUCAGAUUCUUCUUCGUCGUCGCCGUUGUCGCACAAUGUCGUCUUCUUCGUUCAGAUCAUCUUCAGUUUCAGUUUCAGAUAAUAGCUUCAGGCUAAACUUCGACGAGCUUCGAUGGGUGAUGGAGAUUCGAAAAACCCUAGAGGAAGAACAUGAAGAAGAAGGUGAAUUCACAGUGUCAAUCUUCAACGUGCCGAAGCUGCUCAUGGUUUGUGAUCCAGAUUCGUAUGUGCCUCAACAAGUGGCCAUAGGACCAUACCAUUAUUGGCGACCAGAGCUGUAUGAGAUGCAGAGGUACAAGCUUGCUGCUGCAAGAAGAUUCCGAAAGCAUCAUCUGCAGAAUCACCACAAGUUUGAAGACCUUGUACAUCAGAUGACCAAGUUGGAGCCCAGGAUUCGAGCAAGCUACCACAAGUAUUUGGAUUUCAACGGCGAAACGUUGGUGUGGAUGAUGAUCAUUGACGCCUCAUUCUUGCUUGAGUUCCUUCAAGUUUAUGCAAUCCAAGAAGGAAACAAAAUACCUGGAAUUUCCUCCAGAAUGUCUCACUUGGUGGAUUAUGCAGGGAAGAAGUCAGCCCACAAUGCAAUUCUAAGGGACAUAGUUAUGCUGGAGAAUCAAAUCCCUUUGUGCGUUUUAAGGAAGAUGCUGGAGUUCAAGUUCUCGUCACUAGACGAUGCAGAUCAUUUCCUGUCUCUCAUGCUAAUCGGGUUGUUUAAUGAACUCUCCCCCUUCAAAAUGAUGCAGGAUUAUCCAGAUGUUCAGAUCUCAGAGAGUGCUCAUUUGCUGGAUUUCUUUUACGACAUGAUUGUUCCCAGAACUAAUAAUGAUCAACAGCCUGAUCUGGUUAUUCAGGUGGAUGAGUUUAUUGAAUCCAAAGGAGGGAACAAUGGUGAGGAAUCGAACGCGAACUCAAGCUAUUUGAAGAAAUUCCUCAGAGAGGUAUGGAAGAUUCUUUCAAAACUAAACAGAGGGCCUGCGAAAUUAAUCAAGAAGGUAUUGCUUUCUAGACCCCUGAAAGUGUUUGUUAAGUUGCCAUGGACAAUAAUCUCAAACCUACCUGGAGUUAAACUCAUCAAAAAACCUGUUGAAUACUAUUUUAACUUCACACAAGAAGAAAAGCCAGAAAAUGGUUCGGCUUCUAAUAGUCUCAUUGAGAAGCCACCAUUAAUAGAGGAAAUCACAAUCCCAUCUGUUACUGAACUCAUGAAAUCUGGGGUUCGUUUCGUACCCACUAACGGAUCCGUAUCAGGCAUCAAAUUUGACCCAAAAACACGCACUUUACACCUUCCAAAAGUUGGCCUAGACGUCAACACUGAAGUGUUCUUGAGAAAUUUAGUUGCCUUUGAAGCAUCAGUAGCAUCAGGGCCUUUGGUUUUGACACGAUACACAGAAUUAAUGAAUGGGAUUGUGGAUGGUGAUGAGGAUGCUAAAGUGCUUAGAGAAAGAGGGGUGAUUCUGAACCACUUGAAGAGUGAUGAAGAAGUGGCUGACUUGUGGAAUGGGAUGAGCAAGUCCAUAAAGCUGACGAAAGUGCCAUCGUUGGAUAAGGUGGUUGAAGAUGUGAACAAGUAUUAUGAUGGAAGAUUGAAGGUGAAAGCCUGGAAAUUCAUGAGGAGUUAUAUCUUUGGGUCGUGGCAGUUCUUGACGUUUUUGGCUGCAAUUUGUCUCUUGCUUUUGAUGAUCUUGCAAGCUUUUUGCUCGGUCUAUACUUGUAAUCGUUACUUUCAAAUGGCUGUUUCUCACUGAUUCAUUCUUCUUCAACCUCUCAUUUCUGAUGGAGUUCUGAAAUCUGUGUGAGCUCGAGUGGCCAACAUGUUGACUGUCCACAAACUUCCUGGAUAAGUUUCUUUUAAUUUUUCUUCAACUUUUGAAUUGUUAUGAAUUGUGAAAUGUAUUUGUAAUUAAUUGACUUUCUUAUGGCCAUCA